AUGAUAGAAGAUAAUGUUGACAUAAACCAAACAGUUAUGGAAGGUAUAGCUUCAGAAGAUAAUGCAAGUAAUCAAAAUCGAAAUAUUUGUGGUGAUGGAACAGUCUCUAGCAUAAAAUGUGAAAAUCAGAAUUGGAGAACAUCACAUGUACAGUCAAUCAAAUUAGAGCCUGCUACUGAUAAUAGUAGAUCAUCUGGCACUGACAAUAGUCAUUAUGAUAUGGACGAAGAAACUACAUGUCUUUAUACUAAAGAUGUUUUACACAAUGGCUUGUGUCAGGAAGAUUUACAAAAUAAUGAAAAUUUACGGCAAUUUGACGUGUUGGACGAUAUAGAUCGCCAUCCAGAACAGAAUGAUGAUUCUGAUGAAGAUUCAGAUACAAAUGAAAGUAUGGAUUCUGAUGUACCAGAUGAAGAAAUUGAAGCGAUGCUAGAAGAAGGUUUACCAGAAGAAUUUAAAGGGAAAAGAAAAGAUAAAAAGGAUCGUUUGCCCUAUGAAGAAAAGGAGAAACUUGUUUUAGAUGAAAUUGGACAUAAUCAUUUUGAUGUUUUACCUGAAGGAUGGGUACAAGUGACACAUAAUAGUGGAAUGCCAUUAUAUCUUCAUAAACAAACUAGAGUUUGUACACUAGCAAAACCAUAUUUUCUUGGUCCAGGAAGCGUUAGGAAGCAUGAAGUUCCUGUCAGCGCCAUUCCUUGUCUUCAGUAUAAAAGAGCAUUAACAGAAGAAGAAGAAGAACGAAAAAAGGAGAUGGAGCGGACACCAAACACUGAUGCUUGUAGUCUUCCCAGUGCAAAGAUCGAAACUAUACAAGAGAAUCGUGCAGCUCAUUCAUUAGAUAGCGAGCAGUUAAGAAAUUAUUGUCAGUCUUUGUUCCGUUUCAAAUCUAUUAAAGUAAUGAGAUUUCAAUCUUGGUCAGCACGUCGAAAAUUUACAAAAAUUAAAAAACAUCGUAAACAACUUGAGCGUCCAACUUUACCGGAUGGUACAAAACUGAUAACUUUUCCAGUCAGUUGUUCUAGUACAAGUGGCAAUUGGAAUAUUGCGGACGAUAAUGGACAGAGACCUGCAAAACACUGGAUAAUGAAUCCAUCAGGCAAAAGUUAUGUUUGUAUUCUUCAUGAAUAUGUUCAACAUGCGUUAAAGAAACAGCCAACAUACAAAUUUAAAGAAUUAGAAAACGCUGCAACACCCUAUUCCGCAGUAGUUUGUAUCAAUGAUAUGGAAUAUGGAAGCGGAUUCGGUAGCAGCAAGAAACAAGCAAAAGCCAACGCAGCCCGAAAAACCCUUGAAAUUUUAAUUCCUCAAAUGAAAGAUAAAAUUUCUGGUGAGAACAGUGGGGAUAAUGGAUCGAAUAACGAUAGUCGUACAAUAAAAGCAUCUAGGGGAAAUUCUGAUGCCGAUCUUUCGUUCUUCGACGAAAUAACCAUUACGGAUCCGCGUGUUGCAGAAUUUUGUGCAAAAACCACGGAACCUUCCCCACAUGCUAUUUUAAUAACUUGUCUUCAAAGAAAUUAUGGUUUAGGAGAUAUGCACAUUAAUUAUUCAGUAAACACAUUGAAACAUCAACGAAAUGAAUUUACAAUGAAAGUUGGGAAACAUGAAGCUACUGUUGUUUGUCGUAAUAAGAAAGACGGUAAACAACGAGCAGCACAAGCAAUACUACAGCUUAUACAUCCACAUAUACAGUCUUGGGGAUCGUUAUUGCGUCUUUAUGGAUCGCGAAGUGUAAAAUCUUUUAAGGAAAAGAAACAAUUGGAACAGGAAAUAACCCUUUUACAGGGUAAAGCUGCCGUUAAUCAGCCAAAUCAUGCUAUUUUAGGUAAACUUAAACAUGAAAUGCGAAAAUUAGCUGAACAACGCGAAGCAAUACAACCUAUUGGUAAGUUUGUACCACCAGAUUUACCAACAGGAUCUGCAGCUAAUCUCAAUAAUGUAGAUUUAUAAAAAAAAUAAUUUACGUAUAGCUUGAAUUAUAGAGUAUUACUUUUUAGAAACUAUU